AUGUCAGACAGACAAUCACGGUACAAGAGUCCAAUGGAGCAGCACACAAGGGAGCGGAAGAGAGGAGAACCUCAAGCAGCUCCGGCGACAUCUUCGGAGUGCCGUCGGGGAGAAGAUAAAGGCGCCCCUGCGCGCGUCCGGGCCAAGGAGACAGACCUUGGCAAUGACAACGGGAACGAGGGCAAAGGAAACCUGAUUGCCCCGUUUAAAGCCUGGAUUGGAGCAGCGGCAAAGCUUGCCGAGGAGGAGGCGUCGCAGGAGAGAUGGCUGGCGAGGCUCCAGGCCGGGAGAGCCGCUCUUCAGGCACGAUACCUGGGGCAUGACAGGCCUCAUGGACUCACUGGUCUGGAUGAGGAGGCCACUCAUUGCUCGAUCUCGGAGCUCUCUCAACUGAUGGAGGACGUCAGUCUUGAGGACGACGGUCUUCUUGAGUCCGAGUCGACUGAUGAGCUGGAUGAGGGGAAGAAGAAAGACGAGGACUGGGUUGUCGUCAAGGAGGACUUUGAUGUGUUGGUGUUUUUGGACGAUGGCUGA